AAACAAUAUGGCUGCUUACACGAGUGUUAUGCAAGCGUCAACUUGAAGUUGAAAUCCGUUCUUAGUAUUAUUCAUGAAAAGUAACAGCGAUUAAUCGGGCUAAAAAAAAAAAAAAAAGUAUUCUAACAAGAUUAGUAUUUGGGAAUUUUAAUACUCUAAUUACGGAAAAUAUUUUUGCCAUAAUUUAGCAGGUUUGGUUGCUUUUCAAUUUUGUAUAACGAUGUUUGUGUUGUGCUUUGCUGAAAUGCCUAGUAAAUUUCUACAAAAAUAUGCGAUCCAAAGACAAAUUUUACCAUGUAUCAGAAAAAUGGCGAGUUUUAACCCUUCGCAUGCAAAAAAUAAAUCAUUUUAUUGCUUUCAGUUGAUGAAUAGAAAUUUAAAGACGGAUUUUAACAGUAAUUUCAGAAUGAAUUUAGAAUAUUUUAGGAAUAUGAGCAGUGUUGAUGAUAUACCAAAAAAGAAGGACUAUGGUAAAGGAAAAGGACCUAUUUCAUGGAAAACACUUUUUGUGACAUUUGGAAUUGGUGGAAUUUUCCUCACAGGAAUGCUGUAUGUUAAAAAAGAAAAACAACUUGCUUUAGAGAAAGAAAGACGACGAGAAAUAGGCAAAGCAGCAAUUGGUGGGAGAUUUGACAUGGUUGAUCAUACUGGGAAACCUGUCAAGAGUGAAGAUUUUUUUGGGAAUUGGCUACUGAUAUAUUUUGGAUUCACGCAUUGUCCUGACGUAUGUCCUGAUGAAAUUGAAAAGAUGGUUGAAGUUGUUGAAGAUCUUGAAAAAUCAAAAGAUUUACCUAAACUUAUACCUUUAUUUAUUUCAGUAGAUCCAGAAAGAGAUACUGUUGAAGCUGUGGCUAAAUAUAUCAAAGAAUUUUCACCUAAGAUUGUUGGACUUACGGGAACUAAAGACCAGGUUCACAAAGUAACUAAAGCUUAUAGAGUUUAUUACAGUGCCGGUCCAAAAGAUGUAGAUGAUGAUUAUAUUGUUGAUCAUACAAUUAUACAUUAUCUAGUAGAUCCCGAAGGGGAGUUUGUGGAUUACUACGGGCAAACAAAAACAGCAGAACAAGUUGCAAAUGCUAUAAGUAUGCAGAUGCUAAAAUAUAAGAAAGCAAAAGAUGGUAGUUGGUUUUGAAGAUAUAAUUAAACUUAUAUAACUUUUAAUACCUUAAAGUAUUAAAAAGUUUCACAUGAUUUAAUCUGCUAACUUAUUUUGUGUUUCAAUUAUAUUCAAAAUAUAAAUAUUUAAAAAGAGUGCAAUUAUUUUUCAGAAUAUCUAUUGACAUUAAUUGCUUCCUUCUUAGCUUCAUUUUCUGCAUGUUUUAUACCAUCAUUGUAUGUACAUGGUGAGUAAGAAAAUUGGUAUAUGCAGCAAUUGUUUUGUAAUACUAUGUUUCAUAAGAAAGUUAUAUCCCCCCCCAAAAAAAAUCAGUGGUUAGUUGCAUUUGGAUAUAUUUUGGAAUCUGAAUUAAUAAUUCUGGUAAUAAAACAAUAAACUAUUAUAUGCUGAACCUCAAAUUAAUGAAGUCAUAUAUUUAGUUUAUAAUAGUAAAUGAGUAUUUUUAGCAAGGUAGCCAUAUUAUCUAAUAUUGAACUGCUUAAAAAGGGGCCAGUUUAAGAGCCACAGAGUUUGUAUCAUUGUUCAGUUCAGUACAUUUGUCUGUAUUCAUCUAGCUUGCAUGAAUAUAAAGAGUUUGCUUCUCUACAGAAUUGUAUUAUUAUCUUUUCUAACUCCAAAACAGUUAUUGUUACCAAUAUAACAACAAAAAUAAAUAAAUGAAUACAUCAGAACCUCA